AUGCCCCUUGGCGGCUCGUUAGACGAGCUUGUCGAGGACUGGCACAGUCAGCUCUUGGCAGCCAUCGAGGAGAUUGCUCCCCGAUGCCCUCUGUGCCCUCGCCCUAAGUGGGCUCCUUGGUUCACCGAGGAGCUGCGGCUGAUGAAGUGGUCUAUCAGGAGGCCAGAGAUGGAGGAGCAUCAGUUCCGGAGUACAAGCAAGAACAACUUGAGGAUGAAGAUGUUGGACAUUGUAGGCCUGGAAGAAAAAUGCAAAAACAACCUUUCAGAGCUCCUGCACAAUAUAGACAACAGAGACUUCGUGUGGAUGGAUGAGAUUCUUGAAGAAGCUAACAAGAUAUUCAAGAGCAACUUUGAUGAAGAGCCUGAGUUAAUGCCAAAGACUCCAUCACAGAAGAAUCGCAGGAAAAAGAAACGUUUUUCUACAACUAAGAAUGAUCCGUUUUCUGAAAAGAGGUUAUUGGAGAGAGACACUAACCGGUCAAGUCCUGUUCAACUUACUUCCAAAAGACUUCAACCGAAAAAGAAUUUAGAGAAUGCCGCUCAUUGUCGGAUGACCAGAUCUCAGUCUGCCAGGAUUUCAAAUGCUUCUUGUAAAACAGCAAGUAUUGACUUAGUAAGAGGAAGAAUACCUCUAGUAGAAAUUAAUAACCAUGAGAGGCUUAGUGCAGAGUUAAAGAUUGAAAAAACAGCAGCUCAGAAAACUGAGAAGUCUGCUUCAGCCAAUGAAUCAUCAUUGGAUGGUGAGUACUGUGUAGAGACAUUGCAACCUUUGUCUAAAGCUUCGUUGCUUUUGGUCUCAGACACCCCAGAGACUCAAAUAAUAAAAGUUGGCCGGAGUGCAUGCAAGCUGAAAAUAGCAAAUGUAGCCAUCAUCAACACCACUGAAACUGAAAAACCCAGCUCUCCGACGGAAGAGUUACUUGAGCGGCAACAAGAGAGGGGCCAGGAUUCAGAAAUCAAACUUCCUCAGAACUUAAAUGAGAGUGCACAGACACCCAGAGCACCGAAAGCUAAUUGUCAGUCUGUGCGCCGAAGUCUGAUGGGUAGAACGUCUAUGAAUAAAGCUUCCCUUGUACAGAGAUGUUCACUGGCCAGCAAAAGGGAAAGAACAAUCCAGAAAGCUAGCCACAGGAGGACUACAUCCAGGACAAGCACUGCUCGGGAGCAGUCAUCCAGUUGUACACGUGUGAGCUGCCGUGUAUCUCUGGAGAAAUUAUUGGCUGAAGACAUUAUUGAAUCUAGACUACAGUUGGAUCCUGCUUCCCAUUCUCGUCAAGAGGUUGCUGAUCAACCACUCAGUCAUUCUCACACAGUCCCCAAGGCUGCCGCUAUUGAAGAGCAACAAGAAGGCAAGAGCACAGAGAACAGCUGUGAAAAGAAUGCUGAGGUCCAGGAGCAGCCUCAGAGAGUCAGACAAAAGGCAAGCUAUAAGAGAGCAGUGAAUGAGUUAUAUGAUGGGCAGCAUACAGAGGAUGAGCUCUCUCCUCCAAUGAAAAAGUCAUCGUCCCCUCAGUGCCCUGCUAGUAAGGUUGUCCGUCCUUUCAAGACUUUCUUGCACGCUGUACAUAAGAACCGGGUUCUCAUGAUGACCCCUGGCUCUGCGAGCCAAAACAGUGCUAUAAAAUCAUUCCUCAAAUACAACAGCCCUGUCCGAACCAAUCCCAAGAUGGGGUUUGUUCAAAAGGAGAGGCAGCGUUUGGAGAAUUUAAAGAAAAAAGAGGAAGCUGAGCAGCAGAGGAGACAGAAAGUGGAGGAAGAGAAAAGACGGCGACUGGAAGAGAUGAAGCGGAAGCGUGAGGAACGCCUUCGCAAGGUGCUGCAAGCUCGUGAGCGGGUAGAGCAGAGGGAAGAGGAGAAGAAAAAACUUAUUGAGCAAAAACUUGCCCAGCAUAAUGAGAAGGUACAAGAAGAGAAAAUGGCAGAAGAAAAAGUGAAAAAGACUGCAGCUGGCAAGAAAGCUGAAGAACUUGAAGCCCGUAAACAGAGAGCUCUGCAGCUGGAAGAAAAGCGCAGACAACAGGAACUGAUGCAGAAGAAAAAGGAGGAGGAGCAAGAGAAAGCUAGGCACGCUGCAGAACUGGAAAAAAAACUGGCUGCUGAGAGGGAGCUCGAGAAAAAGAAGCAACAAGGAAAGCUUCAAUCACAGCAGGAGCGUGAAAGGAAAGAAAAGGCUGCUCACCUGCAAAGAGAAUUGGUGGCUGCUAAAGAAAAAGAGCGGCUUCAGAAAGAGGCAGAGGAGAAAGAGAGGAAACUGCAGGAGGAGCAGCAGAAGGAGAAAUCUACUUCUGAUGCAGCGGUUGCCAAUAAACAACUGAAUGUAACAAUAGAGAUACAGAACUCACCUUCCUGCAGCUCAUACCCAAUGACACCACAGGGUCCCAAGCAUCCAAAGUUUGACGUAAAUAAUUAUGGGAUGGAUCUGAAUAGUGAUGACUCCACCGAUGAUGAGAGCCAGCCCCGCAAGCCCAUCCCUGCUUGGGCUACUGGAGAUCAACUAACCCAGGCCAUCAUCCGCCAGUAUUUUAAGCCUCCUGAUACUGAUGCAUUCUUUGGGGUUAUUAAAAGUCCCAAUCUGGAAGAAAUCUUCUAUAAAAGCAAGCCACGUUACCAGAAGCGUACUAGUUCUGCAGUAUGGAAUUCACCACCAUUCCAAAGUGGCAAAUCUACGGCAGGGCAAUCGUGGCAGAGCUUAAAGAGAUGGUGAAGGUUUCUUGAGAUUCGAUGUAGUAAUUUUGUGG